AGAUACGCGGCUUUGAAACCGAUAAAAUUUUCUGCACCUCGUAAAAUAUUAAAUUAAAAAUGGUAAGACGAACUAGUUUUCAAACUGUGCAACCUUUAGACAACCCUAGUUAUACUGAUCUCGAUGAAAUUAGCCGCUGCGUUCAUUUCGACGACUUCGAAGAAGCUACGCGCAAGCAAGCUCUUGUGCCACAGAGGCUCUCCAACAGCCACACGAGACUGCGACAACAGGUUCUGUGGUUCGCGCCAUCUAACUCUAGUUACGAGCACAAUUUCUACGGCAACGUUAGCUUCACCAUCAAGUGGGAAACCGUGCUGCAUAAACUAGGCCCUAACCUUUACCUUAUCGACCAGGCCAUUUACAACUCGAGGAGUUACACUCGAGUUGUGUUCACAGCAAAUAAUUAUGAUGGUACGCUUAAAAAAGUUGACUUGGAUUCGAACGAUUCACCAAUGACAAAAUCUUGGUCUGGUUUCCGUUACGCGUCGUACUGUAAGAACAAAGUUAAACGGGGCCCUCAUGAGCUCCAGAUCGCCAUAGAAGUAGACGAUGCUGAUAUCAAGUGGCUUUAUCUGAACUGUAGAGCAGUUGCCAACAAUCAUUCCGACGCAAACACUCCUAGCUAUGGAGAACACCGCAGGAGGGAUGGAAAAGAAUCGAAUUUCCAGUCCUACAAAUGUUUCAAGUUCAAUACUGCCCAAAACCGCGAGUGUCCCUACCAAUGGACUCAAGAUGAAUGCGAGGAGAAAAUCAAGAUGGUGUUGAAGACCGCUGUUCCAGCGAGCAGUCUUUGCCGCAAGAGGCUCGUUUCAGAUUCAGCACCGAAAAAUCAUGUUCGCGGCCUUCCAAAUAAUGUUCAAUCUCCACAAAUUACAUCAAUGUUGAAGAGAGAUCUCGGAGAAAAAUCAGACUGGGACUCUAUUGUUCAGCAACUUGUAAUUAAUCCUUCGUCUCGAAAACUGAACCCGAUAAAUGACUCAUCUCCAACGCGGAAACAGUUAUCAAAUAGUGGAGUAGUAGCCGCGACGACUGCAAACGUUAGUCCAUUAAAACCACCAGCACCAGUCGCUCCAACUACUCGACCAAAGAGUGCCGUUCAACGCAAUCGUACCACUGUAGAGCAAUUACCUGCAAGCCUCCAGAGCCAACCCAGAUACACGCAUCAAGUAAUUCCUCCCGAACGAGGAACCCCACGCCGACCGGCACCGAGCAGGCCUGUAACUGAUCAACCGAUGCUAAGGUCUGAUAUUGGAAUUAAUUAUCCAAUUGCUUCGAUUUAUAUACCUAAUGACUUCGCUGCUCGGCGUGGCGGAACACAACCGUCGACCAACGAAUCCAGAUCUCGAUUCCGGAUCUUCCUGGACUUGAUUUGCUGCAGCAAGCAGCGGGUAGAUUCUGCCUAAAUACAUCCAGAGGACCGCAGAGCGCAGGUAGAUUACAGGCAUACUCUUUACAUUCAUCUUAAUAUAAGUUGCUAUACGGUUUCGGUUGUCUGUAUACAUUUCUACAAGUUGAUAUUAACCUGUUGAUUUGAGUCAUGUUUAUUCGAGCUUGAGAUGUUUAUCAUGCUUCAUCAUCAGAAUUUUUCACCAACAAAACAAUCUAAUGAUGAAUGGAUGAAGUUGUACGUUGAACGAAUAUUACUUGGUGGUAUUAUUAACGUUUUUAUUUCUCAUAUACUAUAAGUUUUAUGAUGUAUAGUAUAUAUAAUUAUCACAUGGAAACUUCAUUUAUGAUACGAUAACACCUGUGAUACGAUACCACCUCGCUCGGCUCAAGAAUUGUGCGCUAUCUGAUGCCGCAAGAGACGUGUUUGAUUUUACCAGUUCGUGCUUCAUGAAGACACUUACUGAUUUUUAGAAUUAAACUCUUAUUUAAAGUUUCAUCAAAUUUCUUGUUGUAACGCCAUAACUUUCUAUCAUAGGCUAGAAUAUGAAAUGUGGCAUGCUUAGGUAUGGUGUUCAGUAAAGUCCUGCAAGCCCUGCGAGUUCAUCGUUCCCAGAAUAUAAAUCCGUUGAGUGUUAAAUGAGGAAACCAGCUAUAUAUACACGUCACAAAUUCAAAUCAUCGUUUCUCGAAUCGAUGCAGAAAUUAAGAAUAUCAUCUCAUGCAGUUUCUCAUGCAAAAAUUAAGAAUAUUUAUACAUUGGAAUACUCUGUGAUAGAACCGGUAUUAGCCUUCUCUACAAAUUAUUGAUAAUUCAAAUUUUAUUAGGCCAAACUUGAAUUAAAUUAUUCGUGAUCGCUCCUAAGUUGCGCUUGUGUGUUGUUAAGAAACUUAUCUACGCCCAUUUAAUAUACAAAUAUAUGUUUCAUCCCGUGUUCUCUGUCAGUCAAAUACAA